AUGGUCUUCGGGCACCCUCGGGUGCUGGCACAGCUCACGGCGGGAGGCACACAGCUCCCUGGACACUGGAAUCCACACCCAUCAGUCCACGUGCAGUGCCCACUCCAUCACGACGGGUCGCAGUACCACGACUCGCCAGAGAAGCGGUGCAGGCUGAGGCCUGUAGAUUUGAUUCUCAGACACCUGACUGUGGCCAACUGCUUGGUCAUCCUCUCUAGAGGCAUGACAAAGAUCAUGGAAAUGCUUCACUGGCAACAUCUCAACGACAACUCUGCGUGCAUAAUUGUUUUCUGCAUGGUGUUCAUCCUGUAUAAGCACAGGAAGCAGGUCCAACACAUUCACAGGAACCAUCACUCCCCACGACCCUCUGCUGAGACCAGAGCCGCCCAAAGCAUCCUCAUCGUGGUGAGCACCUUUGUACUGUGUUAUGCCCUUUCCUCCAUCAUUUUUGUCUACAUAGCUGUCUUUGAUAGGCCCAGUUCAUGGCUGCUGAACACCGCUGCAAUUAUUACUUCGUGUUUUCCCACGAUUAGCCCCUUUGUUCUCCUGUGGCGUGAGCGAAAUGGCCAUUGCCUGUUAUAUCUUAUGGAAUUCAGAUGUAGGGACUUGGGCCUUGUUGGAUACCUCAUUGGCUGCAUACUCACCUUGAAUGUGCUGGAACUUGAUAUGGGUACUGGCUAA